AUGUCGAUUGCAGCAUCACUAUCUCUUGUACAACAAUACUUUACACGAUAUGGUAUGACAGCUUACGUCAUUCUCGGAAGUGUGGGAUCAUUGUUCAAUGUUGUUAUGUUCAGUCAAACACAAUAUCGUCGAACACCGUGCGCACUGUAUAUCUUGGCAAUGUCAAUCAGUGGUAUUUGGGGUUUGAAUAUGUCAGCUGUACCAUCUAUAUGGGCGCUAGAUCAUCCGAAUCCAGUUCUUUACAAUCAGGUCGCAUGUGCUAUGUUUUUCUAUUUUCGACAUACACUAAAUCAAAUCUUUCGAACAUUUUUUGUCCUGGUUUGUGCUGAUCGAUAUGCCUGUUGCAGUGAUCGGCCAAGAGUUCGUGCAUUUAGUCAAUAUAGGGUAGCGAUUCGCCUUAUUCCAGCUGUGUGGAUCUUUUGGCUUCUGGUAUCUAUUUUACCAACAUUAACACGACAAUUGUACGACGGUGUUUGUGAUGCACUUCCCGGGAUAUACGAUAUUAUGUAUACGACUUAUCUUAUAUCCGUAGCUGGGAUUAUUCCAUUAUUAGCUAUGACUGUUUUUGGAAUACUAAUGCUACAAAGUUUAAGAAAAACACGUCGUCGAAUUCUACCAACUGCCGUAACUAACACUGUAGAUACAGGUGCAGUUGUUCUUCGCAAACGUGAUCGGGACAUGAUGAAAAUGUUAUUCAUCGAGCUUGUUAUUUGUACGAUUACUCUUACACCAAAUACAAUAACACGUAUUUAUAAAUCAGUUAUUGCCGAAGAAGUCGUGUCAAAAGAACGUCAACAAAUUGAAUCUUUUAUUUUUUAUCUUACUCGGAUAUUCUUACUCUACAUGGCAAAUACAUUCUCAUUUUGGGUUUACAUUUCAACAUCACAAACAUAUCGUCAAGAAUUGAAAACUCUAUUUAUUAAAUGGUAUCGAUUUUUAGUACGCUGCUGA